CUGAAAGACCAAAUGACCAUUGAGAAAGAGACAACAUUUUAUAUUAUGGAAUUUAUCAACACGGAAAAGGAGUAUGUACAGUAACUAGCGAAAACAAAGCCGUUUAACCCGCUUAGCUGAUUUGUGGAGGUUUCCUUAAGGACAGCGACCUCGGUUUUAAGCUGUUUUCGCUGCACAAGGCUGCUGUUGAUACCAGUUCUUUGUGUCGACAUGGUUUGUUUUUGUUGAAGAGAGAGACAGAGAGAGAGACACAGAGAAACAGAGAGAGAGAGAGAGAGAGAGAGAGAGAGAGAGAGAGAGAGAGAGAGAGAGACAUACACACAGAAAGAGCGAGAGAGAGAGAGAGAGAGACAGAGAGACACAGAGAGAGAGAGAGAGAGAGAGAGAGAGAGAGAGAGUCGUUCUCCUGGCUUUCACUAUGAGGCUUUCGACGUACGUUAAAGUGUCAGAAAUCGACAUCUAAGUGACAAAAUCGUAUCGGGACGAUAAAAAGCUUGUAUAUUAUAUCAGAACAGUGAGGUGUUUAAAGGAGUCGGAGAGCAAGGAGAUGGGAAAUUGUCUAAAAUCUCCUACUUCGGAUGACAUCUCUUUGCUUCAUGAGUCGCAGUCAGACAGAGCCAGUUUCGGCGACGGCACUGAUCCGGAUCUGGAACCGCCACCUCCUUACCAGGAGCAGAUCCAUGUACCUGUUUACCAUCCCACACCCAGUCAGACCCGGUUGGCGACACAGCUGACCGAAGAAGAGCAAGUGCGCAUCGCACAGAGAAUCGGCCUCAUUCAGCACCUGCCCAGAGGGGUUUUUGACCCCGGCACUGAUGGGACUGAAAAGAAGAUACGAGAGUGUGUGAUCUGCAUGCUGGAUUUUGUGUAUGGGGAUCCGAUCCGGUUCCUGCCAUGCAUGCACAUCUACCACAUGGAUUGUAUCGAUGACUGGCUGAUGCGCUCCUUCACCUGCCCUUCCUGUAUGGAGCCUGUGGAUGCUGCACUUCUGUCCUCCUACGAAACCAACUGAACUUAAUCACUUUAAUCACACACACACACACACACACACACACACACACACACACACACACACACACACACACACACACACACACACACACACACACACACACACACACACACACACACACACACACACACACACACACACACACUCCUUGCCCUUGUGCUUUUGGAGUUAUCCCACCUACAGGCAGGUGACAGGUCAGAGUUUUUUCUCCAGCACUUGGGGAUACAGGACCACUCUCCUGGGUUGUCCUGCUGGACAGGGAAACCUCAGGAUCCACAUGAGUGAGACUCUUUACAACACCCUGACAACCAGGACCAUUCUGCUGUGCCACCCCUUACACUGGAAAGCAGAAAACAGUUUAAAAAAGUACAGAAACAGAUGGACGGGGGGAAAUGCAAUUUGUAUUUUUUACCUACUUUCUCUCUUGUGUAAUUCUUUGCGGUGUGACUCUCUCUUUUUUCUUUCUGCUCUUUUUCCAGUAAGGGCUUGUCAGAAUUUCAGCUGAGAAAAAAAUAAAAAAUAAACGUGCUUGCACCUAAAUUACAAAUAGUGAAAAUUGCACUUGUCAGAGACAUCUUUCCCCACAGAGCACCUUGUUCUACAUGCAGGGGCAUGUACUACUCCUUGAACUCAUUCCAUUCAGCUCCCGGCCUCUAGGUUUCCUGUUAAGCGUACUAUCCGUAUCCAGUUGCUGUUGGACAUGCUUUGGUGGAAGCUGGGAAGUAGAACCCUUAGGCUGGAAAAAAUGUUCUUUUAUUGUUUUAGGUGAUAACAGACAGUGCAGUCCAACUAACUUGACUGUGACUCUUUUUUUGUUUUGGCACAUGGAGUUAAAAUAAAAAUAUGAAUUUAAUGUGCAGACUGCCGGUCAUUUGGGUGGGGUAUAUAUAUAUAUAUAGCAACCGUUUAAGGGAAACAGGUUACGGAUUACUUAAAUGAUUAUAAAAGCACCAUUAGGACAAGGCUCUGCAGUUAGCAUGGUAUUGUAGAUGUUUCAGCGCUGCAGCAAGUAGCCUACCAUUUAAUAGGAUUUAAAUACAGUGAGUAAUUCCAAUAACUAUUUGGGCAAACUGGUUACUGUUUAAAUAAUUUUCCCAGUACAUUACAUAUUUGCUAUUGUGAUCCAAAAUGUGUCCAGUAGGGAACAUGGCAUUAAGGUGGGCCUACCAGUGAUGCAGAGUGGGAAUUGAUUAAAUGGGAUGGGGAUUAGUUUAUGAGCUGUGUAUUGUCAUUGUUUUUUUUAAUUGUGCCUCAUCAUUUCCUUUCCUUGCUUCUUAGCUCCUCCCUCUAAGGAACUGUCGCAAGUAAGGACACGAGGCCUGGAGAAAUGAGAAACAAACCUAUUUGCCUAAUGAAGCUAGUUUGCUCACAGAAAUAUAGAGAAUCUUUCUGCCACUGCUUUUAUCAGUUGAUGGCAUGUUGCUCACUUGUAUUCAGCUAACUAUAGACAACACGGUUCACAUUCAGAAUUAAGCUUAAUUUAGACAUUAUUUUACAUUAUAUACAUCACACACUUGAUAUAAUGUUGAUAUAAUAAGUAAAUGAUUCCCAUUGUUGCAUGUGAAAUUUAAAUGCAAAUUCCUCUAUAUACCUGAGCAAUGUGAUACAACAGAGAUGUGGCAUUCAUUUGGUUGUGCAGUAAAGCUAGCAUGAUGUGUUUGGUCCAAACCACGUAUUAUUAUAUUCUUUUUGUGCACCCAUUUAUGGUGUUGCCAUGUCAUAUAACAAAGAGCUAAUGAAUUUUUUUUUAUUUGAUACGAUGCGGUCCUUGAACCAUUUUAUUUGCCUGCUGCUUCUCUAAAAACCCUGUAAAGAUGUAAACAUUUCCUGUUUCACUGGUAGGCCAUAUAGUUUAUUAAGACAGACUGCUAUUAGCAGUCUUAGAAUUUGGUCUUGGGGACAAAUUAGAUCCUGUACAAUAUAAAGGUUUAUAGAAAUCCCACCAAGCACCUAAUGGCACAGUGUCCUGAUAUAUGGUGUUAAAAAAGCGUUUACGUUUUUCAGAGCCGAAUGGUGGAGAGUUCUUUACUGGUCAGAUGAAUCACUUGCCCGAGUGUGACUGAGCAUCUUAUUUACUAAAGAAUGAAGGCAAAAUCAUGUGAAAGACUGUGAUAGAUUUCUGUAAGAACUUUAGAUAAAAGAGCUAUAGCAUAUAGUGAUCACUAUGAAUCGCACGCUUCAUUUGUAAGAUGUUCAUUUCUUUUGGUCUCUUGAAGGACCGACACGACUUGAUAUAUCCGGGCUGUGAAUCCUGUACGAUCAAUCCAUUUUUACAGUUUUUAUGACAUUGCUUUGGAUUACAGUAAAGACUCUGUUAGAUUAGCUCAACAUUUUUUUCUUUUGUGUGUAUACUUUUCUUAUAAUUAUGCUACAGCUUGUCUAUUACCAGAAUCAAAUAAUUUAUUUAAAUGUAAGAGCAGUGAAGUAAUUAAGUUGGGGAUGGGCUGUAGCCCUGUCUUUGCUAUGUGCAUUAAUUAUCCUUCAAAAAUGAGAUGUUUUUACUAGGAAUAAUUCUAACUAUUGGUUAAUAGUGUAUGAAGUUUGUUGUUUGUUAGUCAGUGAUUACUAGGUGCAAUAAUACACUCUGGUGUGCAUUAAAAAUAAACUUCUGGGAUGCUUUUUUUUUUUUGUGUAAUCCAAAUCCUGUUAUUCAUAACUACUUAACUUUACACCAUAAUGACUCAGAAACCGGAAAUGAUUUCAGUUAUCACACGAUAAACUUGCCACUUUUAUUUGCAGUGUGUCUGUGUGAUGAUUUUUUUUCUUCUGUUUGCAAUUGUAUUCAUGUUAAAUCACAUACUUUACAGUUCUGUUACUGUUUUAUCUAAUUGUCCAUAUAGAUAAUUUUAUGACAGUAAUUUUUUAUUUUAAUCACAUUUGACAUUAGAAGUUUAUGAAGCAUUACCAUAAAGAGUGCAAAUCUAUAAAACUUGAGAAAGAAGUGACUUUUAUAUCACCAUGGCUCUGGUUUAGCCAGCAGCUUGAAACAUUACCUUUUUUUUGGACUCUAUACUGUCUCCAUUUGACCUUUUCUUGUAAAACAACAACAAAACAAAGAGAAUAAAGAGAUACAAAUGUGAAAUGAAUUAAGUGAUAUGGAUAUGCAAUGACAUGAAAUUCAGUUCAUCUUUCAAUCUAAAAUGUCCCUUGAUAUUAUUGUUCAGAUAUAAACCCUUCGUUCUUCUCUCUAAUGUUUGAAGGUGAACCGCAAAAAACCCCCACAGUGUUCUAUUUUUCUCCGCUCUGUGUUGUCAGUUCUGUAAAAGAUGGUCAUUGUCAUGCUUAAAGGAAGUGGAACUUCAAAUUUUUGUGCUGUUUCUCUGCUCUUAAGAUUGGGGUGUUCUUUGUCCUGUUACCAAAUACCAUCCCUAAAUUUCCCCAAACGUGUAAACAAAACCGGAACACAGAUGUGGCUGCUAUUAAAGAUUAGUUUUUUCCA